AUGGCACUGCCAUCCAAACUCCUGACAGUCCCCUACAAAGGCCUAAGCGUAAAUGAGAUCCCCCAUCGCCAGUCGUCUAUAACUUCCAUGCUCCUGCCUGAUCCCGAAUCAACCGAACCGCCAAUGCCCUGCCCUGGACCACCAUCAGAAGAAAAACCAGGACUUCCAUCGGCCAACUAUACAGACGCCCCAUCCGCCACCUUCCAUCAACCAGCCGGCAACCAGCCAGGCCUGCAAUCAGCCGUCCUGGCCGACGCUAGCCUGACCAUCCAGACCCCAGUGCUGCUUGCUGGAACAGACACACAGACAGAGUUUUCAUCAUUAUACACGAUCCCAUCAAAACCAAUCACUUACAAUAAUGAGGAGCUCCGGAUUGUGAUGGUGGGGAAGACUGGAGCUGGGAAGAGCGCCACAGGAAACACCAUCCUGGGAAAACAGUACUUUAAAUCAAAGUUCUCCCCAAAAUCUUUGACUAAACACUGCGCCAAAGCCCUUAGUGAGGUGGAUGGACUAAUGAUUGCAGUUAUUGACACUCCAGGUCUGUUUGACACCAGGAUUGAUGAAGAACAGAACAGUAAAGAUUUUGUCCAGUGCAUUUCUUUUGCUUCUCCUGGACCCCAUGUCUUCCUGGUCGUCAUCAAACUGGACAGAUACACUGAGGAAGAAAAGAACACAGUGCAGAAGAUUCAGGAACUCUUUGGCAAGGAAGCAGACAAAUACAGCAUGGUUCUCUUUACCCACGGUGACCUGCUCAAAGGGAAUUCUAUUGAGGAGUUCUUGAAGGACAGUGAAGACCUGCAGGAACUCGUGGCCAGAUGUAACGGCCAGUACCACGUCUUCAAUAACGACCUGGAGGAUCGUUCUCAGGUCAGCGAGCUGCUCAACAAGGUUGGACAAAUAACAGAGAAGAACGGAGGAAGCCAUUACACCACUGAAAUGUUUCAGAAGGCAGAGAAAGCGAUAGAAGAGGAGAAACAACGAAUCCUUACAGAGAAAGAAGAGCAAAUGCGCAAAGAAGAGGAGAGACUGAGGAAGAAAAUAGAGGAAGAGUAUGAGCAAAACCUGAGGGCUGAGAAGGCUGACAGGGAGAGGGAGAAUCAACUGAGGGCAGAACGUGAAAGAAAACUAGAAGAAGAAAUGAAAAAAAUGAAAGAAAUGCAGGAAAAGCAGGCCAGACAGCAAGCAGAGAGAAGCAAUCCAUUACUCCUCGCGUUAGCUGAAAUUUUUAAAGCAGCGUUACAAUACUUCUUCAGAUGAGCUCUUUCACUUUGUUAUUCUGGAUUGAAGCAGAUUUAGCCGUUGUUACUUUUAAUAUGCUCAUUCCUGUUUUUGGUUUUCUUGUUGGGCCUGACUGGAAAUUAUAAAAGUAACGUAAUGAUUAAGAUUUUAAUGUUUGAUAUUUGUCUUCAAAGAUGUAGACCUUUUCUUUUAUUAGCUUGCUAUUGUGCUUUACAUCAUUGUACUCAAAGUUGUGUGGAUGCAUUGUUGAAAUAUUUUAACUAACCUGUAUUUUGUUGUUGAUCUUAAUACUUAUUAUAAGUUAAGAUUUUUUUAUUCCGCAUAUGGUAUCUUUAAAGACUGUAAGAAUUGAGGUUUAAAGGGUCAUUUAUCUGCUGUAAGUUACUUGUGGAGUGCAUGCAUCUUCUUUGGUGAAUCCACUGUUUGUAUAGGUAAUCUGAAUCCAGCGCAGGAAUGGCGGACUCCGCCGCAAACAACGGAAACUACUAUAUAGAGAGGUAAUUAAAGAAUUUUAAAUACUAGCGUCAAGCGAUUGAAAAAUGUAUCUAAAUAACUACACGCUCUGUGAUUAAUUAAUCUAAAUUAAUCACAAACAUCAACUUUUAAUUUUGGCAGAUGUGUCGUUGUCAAGCUGCUGAAUUUUGGACACAGUUGUCCCCCUGUCCUCCACCACUGAAACUGGUCUGCAGUCCGUUGCAGUCUGUUUUGCAGGGCAGUUGGUCAGUUGGUCUCAGGUAGACUUAAUAAAUUUGCGUCUGAACGCUUGGUCAAGUGUGGCUUGACGAGGCUGACUGCUAGCGCUAGCAUCAGAGGCUGCGCUAGCUCGGAACUCCUGAAGUAUUCCACCCUUAUGGUCAUUAACUCAAUAGAAAUGGGAUUGUAUGGCUAAAACUAAAACAGAAAGUUUAUUUAAUUUGUACAAUUUAAUGCCAACAAGUGCCUGUUUUCUUUAGGUUCAGUGAUAUCAGGAAUUGGAAUAAGUUACCUUUGUACAUUCACAAACCUCAGCUAACUUUAACAAUAUGACACGGGUCAUAUUAUGACUUAUUAGAAACUCGAUUAUCAAUACAU